GACGCCACCCAUCGCGCAGAACCCUGCCUGCCUUACCGACAAGGUGGCGCAGUUACGACACAAAGGCGGAGCCUUCGUGGGGACCGCCCCGGUGUAUAAAUGGAGGCGGGGCCUCCCAAGAGGCCAUUGCGCGGCCGCGGAGUUCGACCCGCCCGCUGCUCCGCCCCCCGAGAGUGUCGGUGCCACCAUGGAGGAGUACCACCGCCACUGCGAAGAGGUUGGUUUCAGUGCUGAUGAAGCACACAAUAUCGUUAAAGAGUGUAUAGAUGGGGUCUUGGGUGGUGAAGAUUAUAACCAGAACAACAUCAACCAGUGGACUGCAAGCAUAGUGGAACAGUCCUUGACACAUUUGGUUAAGUUGGGAAAAGCUUAUAAAUAUAUUGUGACCUGUGCAGUGGUUCAAAGGAGUGCCUAUGGCUUUCACACAGCCAGCUCAUGUUUUUGGGAUACUACAUCUGAUGGCACCUGUACCGUAAGAUGGGAGAACCGAACCAUGAACUGUAUUGUCAAUGUUUUCGCCAUUGCUAUUGUCCUGUGACAGACUAAAAAUGUUUGGCCAAAGCCAUUAACUUAAGAAUGUGUCAGUGUAUCCUUUCUAAAAAGAGUAGUAGUUACUUAUUAAUGUGUUAGAUGACAAGUGUGCAAUAUGCUUCAAAAGCUACCAGUGAAAACUGAACAUUAUAAGCAAGCAAUCUCAUAGUAAGUUGGCAGAUUAUCUCGUAUUCUCUCCGGCAUCAUUUAAAUAGGUAAAAUUUAUUGUUGGCAAAAAACAAAAACAAAUAACAGCAUGACAUGAAAAUAUAAUCUUAUAUUUACACUGGCUUUUCACUAACAUGUACCUAAGAAGAUGGGGAAAUCCAUCCAGAUAAUAAAAUUCUCUGUCAUCCAGAGAAGUUAACAGGGAUAAAUAUAUGACCAAAAAAAAAAAAGAUGCAAAGAUAAAUGUGGAGAAAAUAAUAACUAGCUAACACUUCUUAGUUUUUCAUCUCUUCUCCUCACUUAGUUGUACAUAUCAUUUAGUAGAAAAUAAUUCGGUUCGUUUUUUUCCCUACCAACUAUUACUACGGUAGCAACCAUCAUUGACUUGUUUACUUUUUCUGAGAAUUGUCCAGUUUUUUAAAUUUAAAAUUCUUGUAUUUACACCAAAUAAAUCUGGUAACCUGAAUUCCCUAGUCGAACAAAAUUCGGGACAGUGUGUGCUGAAAGGUACAUGACACUGACAGCUGACUCACACCUGGCUCAUUUCACGUAGAGCCAACAUUUAUGGAAUCCCUAUUAUAUGCAUAUUUCUCUCCUAGCGUUACAACUAUCAAUGUACUGUGCAAAUGCUAAGUUACUUUUGCCACCUGUUCAGUUGGACAGCUAACAUGCUUGGGGAAGAAAUAAAAGAAUUGUUUUACAAGAAGAAAAUGAAUCUGGUUAUCCAUGUAGAAAUAAGCAAAAUGAAAAGCACUUAUUGCUGACAGAGACUUAUCGAUGUCAUUUUAAGCAUUGCUCCUAGCGAGUAAAAAAAUGCAUACAAUAUGCAACUCUUAGUUAAAGGCCUUACUAGCAGUGUGACUAUACAUAGUCAAUUUUGUCAUUGCUUUAGUUACAACCAUCUGUAAAUAAUUUAAGUACUUAUCACAUGGGGUUCAAAUUGAGUGGAGUCAAGUACAAAUUAGAAGUAUACAAUCAUUAGCAGGUUAAUGAAUAUCUCAGGGCUUAUGAAAUGUAGUUAAAUAUAUUAAGAAAAUACAAGAUGAAAAAUUGGGGUACAUAGCUGGUCGCCAAACGCGAAGGCAAUCUGGUUAUUUAGCCUGGAAAACAAAAUUAAUUUUGCAUAUUACCACUAACACUAAUAUACAUAGGGAGGGGAACCACGAUUCAUUGCAUUUUGAGGGGAAAGGCAGGCUUAGUAUUAGUAGUGACAAUAUGAAGAUAGUGAUAGUAUUCUUGUAGGAAUACUACGUGCAUGUUUGAUAUAUUGCUGAAUAAUUGUUCGAUGUCUAAGAAGAAUAUUAAGAAAGUACAAGGAUAGAGUUUCAUGUGGGUGAUCUACACAUUUGGCACGUCAAAAAUUCUCACAGCCAUUACCUUUCUUUUACGUUGCUCUGCUGGCUUUUGUGCCCUUGAAGAUUAUAUUAGUGACCAAAAUAUCUGUUCGGUUAAGGCUUGCUUUCGAUUAUUGUUAUUGAAGCCUGAUUUUAAAGGAAUAAUAAUCCAAUAUACCUCGUGAACUUGCUAUCUGCUCUGUUUUUAUUUAAAAUACAAUAAAGAUUAUCUUCCUGCGCUGUGCUUUCA